AUGGAGAAAUCGGCGACGGAAUCUACGGCGGAAAACGCCGAUACUCUGAGGCUGGAGUUAAAGAAGACGAUGACGGAGAUUCUCGACGACGGAGGAGGUGUAAGCGAAGAUCGCGGCGAAACUGACGAAAGACGCUCGACUCUGAAACGUGAUGAGGCGAUUCGGAUCCUAAAUUCUCUGAGGGGAGUUGAAUCGAAGAUUCCGGACUCUUCUACGUCUUCUCCGGCGGCUUCUGUGCUCCAAGUACCGAAAGAGUUCAAGUGUAUGCUCUCGCGUGCGAUCAUGAGCGAACCUGUAGUCAUUUCAUCUGGCCAGACCUAUGAAAAGAGAUACAUCCAACAGUGGCUGAAUUAUAAACAGACAUGUCCCAAGACUAAAGAAGUCCUCUCUCACUUUUUGUCGUCACCCAACCAUGUGAUCUCUGAGUUGAUUACGCAGUGGUGUCAAGUCAACAAGUACGAUCUGCCAAAACCAUCUGAAGCACGCAUUGGGAUGUUCAGUGAUGACAUAGACCUAUUGCUUGAACGGAUCUCUUCUCCCUCCUCAGCUGAAGAUCAGACAGCAGCUGCAAACGAGCUGCGUCGUCAGACGAAGAGAUUUGACAAUGUCCCGGCCUUCUUUGUAACUGAGAUCCCUGAAUCCAUCACUCGGUUGCUCACUCCACUCUCUGCUUUAGGCGACGAUAUUGACUCUAACCCGGGCCUUCAGAAAGAUAUCAUCACUGCCUUGCUCUACAUCUCGAGUCUUGAGGAGAACAAAACAGAAGUUGCUCAGCAUCCUCUUGUGAUCCCACUCCUUACAAAGUCUCUGAAGCAGGGGAUCGAUAAGACAAGAAGAAACGCCGCAGAGGCUUUAUGGGAACUUUCAAAACUUGAUUCCAACAAGAGCAUCAUUGGGAACUCAGAGACACUCAAGGCUUUGGUUCAUGUCAUCAAAGAGGAUGAUUUCUCCGCCGCCAUAAACGCCUCUUAUGCUGUUUUCAACGUCUGUUUCAUACCGGAGAAGAGGGACCAAGUGGUUGCAGAAGGUUUGGUUCCGGCGCUGAUCAACAGGAUUAAAGAACGAAGCAUUGUGUAUAUCUACUUUGCUGUCUUGUCGCUUAUGACUACACAAAAAGGGGUGAUUGAAGAAAUUGAGGAUCUAGGGUUUGUGGAUGAUCUGUUCAGUUUCUUGAGGAAUACGAAGGUCCAAGGGAUUGGCGAGAACGUUGUAUCGAUCCUACUACGCAUGUGCGGUCUGAACACGGGUGACAAAGACAGGGAGAGGACUAGGCUGAAGCUGAUCAAGGAAGAGGAGGAUAAAUACUCGAUAUUCACGAUGAUUGCAGAGAAAGGAUCACAACGUGCAGUGACAGAAGCAGAGGCGAUUUUGCAGUGGAUCAAGAGAUCCGGGUUUUGUGUAUUCGCGCGAUCAAUGGAAGAAUCAAUGGCGGAAUCAACCGCAGCAACCGCCAAUACUCUGAAGCGGGAGCUAAAGAAGCUGCUGACUGAGAUUCUGUCCAACGGAGGAUCGCUGAAGGUGGAAGUGUCGAAAGAGUUCAAAUGCAUACUCUCGAACAAGAUCAUGAUCGAGCCUGUUGUCAUCGCUUCUGGGAAUACCUAUGAGAAAAGCUUUUUCACAGAGUCGCUGAAGGAUGCACCUACAUGUCCCAAAAGCAACGAAGUCCUCUCUCACUCUCUGUGUACACCCAACCAUUUGCUCGAUGAGUUGAUUACCAAGUGGUGUCUUGCCAACGGAUAUGAUAGGCUAAAACCAGCUGAUGAAGUAGUCACUGAGCUGUCAAGAGAUGGAAUAGAGUCGUUGCUUCAGAGGAUCUCUUCUCCCUCAUCAUAUGAAGAUCAGGUUCAAGCUGCAAAGGAGUUACGCUGCCAGACCAACAAGUUUCCCAAUGUCCGAGAUCGCUUUCUCACUCUACACCCUGGAGGAAUCACCACGUUGAUCAGUCCCCUUACUGAAUUGGGCUUUAGCAUCGCGUACAGCGCAACACUUAGGGCUUUGGGAGAGGUUAUUGGCGAGGGUGAAAUGGUAGCCUCCUUGGUAGCCAAUUCCGUAGUUUAUCAGCUCUGUCAAGAAUUUGGGCUCAGAGAAAUGGCGGUCGCUGAGGGUGUGGUUCCGGCGCUAAUGGGGAAGAUCGAAGCAGGAAGAUAUGCGGCUGAGUUCUUAAGUGUCUUGGUGUUACUUACUACGUACGAGCCAGGUGUGAAAGAAAUGGAGAAGAGUCCAAAGUUCAUGAACCAUCUAUUCGGUAUCUUGAGGAAAAGGAGUUGCUUAAGGUCUUGCGAGAACGCUGUAGUGAUCGUCAUUAACAUGUGCAACCUGGCCACGCAUCUCGGUAGACUGAGAGUAGUCAAUGAAGAGGAGAAUAAACAUGCGACGUUUACAAUGCUCACGAAGGAAGGAUCAUCAGAGAGUCUAGUGAAAAAUGCACAGAUGGUUUUACAGUUGCUCCAGCGAUAG